CCUUGUUUCCGGCGUAUGGAGAGGAGGCGGAAGUGAAGCGGAAGCGCCGUUGGAAAAGCGCCGGGAGUGAGCGGCUGGAGUCAUGGAGGAAUGAGUGCGUGCCCUCCCCUGCUUCGCUAGGGUGCCAUGGAGACCGUGCAGCUGCGCAACCCGCGCCGGCAGCUAAAGAAACUAGAUGAAGAUAGUUUGACCAAACAACCAGAAGAAGUAUUUGAUGUACUGGAGAAGCUGGGAGAAGGAUCCUAUGGCAGUGUAUUCAAAGCUAUUCAUAAAGAAACAGGUCAAGUUGUUGCAAUUAAACAGGUUCCUGUUGAGUCUGACCUGCAAGAGAUCAUAAAGGAAAUAUCCAUAAUGCAGCAAUGUGACAGUCCCCAUGUUGUCAAGUAUUAUGGCAGCUAUUUUAAGAACACGGACCUGUGGAUAGUUAUGGAGUACUGUGGAGCUGGAUCUGUAUCUGAUAUAAUUCGAUUACGAAAUAAAACAUUGACAGAAGAGGAAAUAGCUACAAUAGUACAAUCAACUCUCAAAGGACUAGAAUAUCUACAUUUUAUGAGGAAAAUACACAGAGAUAUCAAAGCUGGAAAUAUAUUACUAAAUACAGAAGGACAUGCUAAACUUGCAGAUUUUGGGGUAGCAGGCCAACUUACAGAUACCAUGGCAAAACGGAACACUGUUAUAGGAACCCCAUUUUGGAUGGCUCCAGAGGUGAUCCAAGAAAUAGGGUAUAACUGUGUAGCAGAUAUCUGGUCACUGGGAAUCACUGCAAUAGAAAUGGCAGAAGGAAAACCACCAUAUGCAGAUAUUCAUCCAAUGAGGGCAAUUUUCAUGAUUCCUACAAAUCCUCCUCCAACAUUCCGGAAGCCGGAACUCUGGUCAGACUACUUUACAGACUUUGUAAAACAGUGUCUUGUGAAAAGUCCUGACCAAAGAGCCACUGCCACACAGCUUCUACAGCAUCCAUUUGUUAAAAGUGCCAAAGGAGCAUCAAUCCUGCGGGACUUGAUUAAUGAGGCAAUGGAUGUUAAACUGAAACGUCAGGAAGCACAACAGCGUGAAUUGGAUCAAGAUGAUGAAGAAAACUCAGAGGAAGACGAUACAGAUUCAGGUACCAUGGUACGAGCAAGUGGAGAUGAGACUGGUACUAUAAGAGCUGCCAGUACAAUGAGCGAUGGAGCCAAUACUAUGAUAGAGCACGAUGGAACCCUGGAAUCUCAGUUGGGUACAAUGGUAAUAAACACCGAAGAGGAGGAAGAAGAGGGGACCAUGAAGAGGAUGGAUGAAACAAUGCAACCAGCCAAACCAUCAUUCCUGGAAUAUUUUGAACAAAAAGAAAAGGAGAAUCAGAUCAGUAGCUUUGGAAAGAAUGCAUCUGGCCAGACAAAGAAUUCCUCUGAUUGGAAGGUGCCGCAGGAUGGAGACUAUGAAUUUUUAAAGAGCUGGGGCGUAGAGGAACUUCAGAGGAGACUCUCAGCACUUGAUCCCAUGAUGGAACAGGAAAUUGAAGAAAUCCGCCAGAAGUAUCAGUCUAAACGGCAGCCAAUCCUUGAUGCCAUCGAAGCCAAGAAACGUCGGCAACAGAACUUUUGAGAGUGCCACUGGUAGAAUAAAUGUCCUCCCUCUGAAACAAUCAGAACCUUGAUUUUUUUUUAUGACUACUAAGCAGAUUGAUUUCUAUUGAAAUGUGUUAGCAAAGUAGGGAGCAAAACUUCUGCUCACUUAUAUUUCCAUAGCACCUUUCUGAACUCAGGAAAGCCAUUAAGUGGGACGUCCUGAUGGAUGGAUAAUGGUAUGUUUUAAUGUUAGAUAUAUUUAAAAUAGAAAGUAUAUUAUUUCAGAGGAGUUAUGUUACUGGUUUUAGAUUAAACGUGUUUUUAAAUCAGGGGAACAGACACAAAUAAGGCUAAUGGAAGUUGGUUCAUUUUCUUGAUGUAACUUUCAGUAGUCCAUUUUCAUCCUUUUGAAUUUAAUAUGUACUGUGCUGUUUUAACUGCUGAAUAUCUUUUUGUACAUACUCAGUUUCAGACAUUUUAACUGUCUUACUUUUGUUAAGGUACCAUGGAAAGUGUUAGCAAAUUUGAAGAAGUCACUGAAGAGAGUAAACAAAAACAUGCAGAAACUGUUUCUGCCCUUGGAAAGGAACAAAACUUACUUUAAAAAAGCCUGUAAUGAACCCCAUGCCUUACACUGUGUGCUUUAAGCAAGAGUUUUUUGAGACCGUAGUUUUGUCUUUUGUGUACUGUAUGAAUUAAUACUGGUAGAUUAAGCAUGUUUUGCUUCCAUCAGAAAUGCUAUUGUGCAGUUUAAAAGCCUCAUUGACUAAACCAGAAACCAAGCAGAAUUCCACUAUAAAACAAAGCCAGAUGCCUCUUCAUCCACAUCCUGAGAAAUAGGCUUCAUUUAGUUCCUACUAGAAUUAGAGUGCUAAAAAGUUCGCUGUGAACCUUCUCUCGGGAAAUUAGAUAUUUUUUGCUCCACUAGAGAGAGGAUGCAAAAAUAUUUCACUAAUUAUGGUAAUAUAUAGGGCUUUCCAAUUUUAAGCUUCCAUCUUUAGAUGAAAAAUUAAUUGCAUAAUGGUUUGCUUUUUUCCUAAGAGGCCAAGUGCAGCAGAAAAGCUAAGCUGAAGGUAAAGAUCAGUUACCCAAAAGAGCCCCACCCCCCACCAAAAAAAAAACUUUGAUGCCAGAUGAGUUAGGCAACUGACGUUCCAGCUUAAUCUGUUCUGCAUUAAAGAUGGCUAAAAUCAAUCUGUUCCAGUUUUUCUGGACAUGCUGAUAAAUAGUGCACUUUCUCUCUGGGAUAACUAUGUAAAAGUCUAGUUUUUUCGUGGUAUUAACCAGUUGUGGAAAAUCACCAGAUGGUAAAUAUACAAUCAGUGAGUCAGAUUACCUUGAAAUGAUUUAAUGAACUUACACUGACAUGAUGAAGAGCAAAAUAGAAAAAAUAAUACAGGUAUCGCCAGUCAUAGACGCAGAGACAGAACAGUGGAUGUGCUGUGCACAGGCAUUAGAAGAGCAAAGCUAAUAUUGAAUUCAAUUUUAGGAUACACUUUCAGUUGUAUUUAGCUAUUAAACAUAAGAUGAAAUUUUUGAAAGAGCAAGUAUUUCAGUGAUUUUCUUUCCUCUGCUAGAAGGACCAGUUUUCAUGUCAUUCUUCUGAAACAGACUUUGGUACGACACACAGAAUUAAAUAUCAGUGUCUCCUGAAAUCAAAUGCUUCUAGUAACAAAAGGGUUCCUGUCAUAGCCAUUGGAAGCAUUAUAGUUUUAGACCCUUUGUUUCUUAGGAUUGUAUGGCUGUUGUAAAUAGUGAGCUCUGUUGGCAUAGGAGUCAUGCCAGUUAAUACCCGUGAGGAUCUUAACUUCUAACAUCCUCAGUUUUAUCUCAGCUUCAAAUACACAGAGUUACUAUAACUGAUUCCAUGAGCUCACAGCCUAGUCAGGCAGACUCUGGAAGUAAAGGGAAGCAGCAGGCAACAUGUUCUGGAACCACAUCGGAACAACACACACCAUGUACACCCACCUUAACCAGCUAUUGGAAAGUUAUGAUUUUUGGUAGUGUCUGAUAUUUCAAAGGUUUCUAGGAUGAAGAUCUUUCUUGAAAGAAACCAAGUAAAUUAAGUUAAAAAUCAUGUUUACAGCACAAGCUAAAUAAUGUAAACCUCUGCUUUUGUUAGUAAAUAGCUAAAUCUCUUAGCAAUAAGAAUUUGGCGAUUUAAAUGAACUAUGCAGGCUAGUAAGCGCCUGUGUUGACAAUACAGCACAUUAGGCUGAACACAAACACCCCAUCUGCAGUACUUAUUAAAAAUGCAUGCAAUGUGUUUGUGCAAAAAUAUUUACAAAAGAGGCUCAUAUAUUAAAUUUUUUUGUGGUUAAUGUUCAUUACAUUCCCUUGUUUAAAUGAAGCUUCCAGAAAGAUGAUGCACUGGUUCAUUGCUUAGUUACUUCUAGUACAUGUGCAUUUUGCCUCCACAUGAUGCACAAGUACAAUAUGAGUGAGUUGGUAGCAACUUAGCUAUCAAAUAGAGCAUUCUGUGGGGAAUGGUUUCUUUGUAUCAUAUUUACCACUAGCAGACAAAACUUCUUCCACCCCCAAGAAGACAUUGGGAAGCCCAUGUUUUAUUUAAAACACCAAAGUUGGGUGCUUGGUUUUAGUUUUCACUUUGGGUACAUAACUUGAUUGCUGUAAUUGGUACUUGCAGUCAAAUAUAAUGUAAGUGAAAUAGCCAACAAUUUCAGUAAACGUUAUAAAAAAAAAUCACAGCUGAAAAACCCAAAUAUGUGAAAGUAAGAAGUGGUCCAGUAGUUUAAUUUUUCUCUUAAAUCUGCCUUGCGUGCCCAUAAAAGUUGAGUUAUUUGCUUCUCUUGGAGUUUGAACAGAUAUAGGAAUUUUUUCACCUUCAAGAAUUUGUAAUCUUAGCUAGGAUAACCUUUUCAGAUUCUCUGCAGGAGUCUUACAUGUGCUCACUCCUUACAUUUCUCCAGCCUGUGACAACUGAGGCUUAUAUCCUGGGGAAAAAGGCUAUUCAGGCAACAUUUUUAAGCAAUUUGUUUAUUUAAUUGUGAAAUUGUAUUCACAUGCUUUAUGGGUCCAUAUGCAUUGCUGAAAAGUGUUCUGAACAAACUGCCAUCUUGGUUUUCCAGAUUGCAAAGAUGCUGAUGUGAGUUAUGUGAGACUUGAUAAUGUGAAGUUUGUAGCUUUAACUUUUUGUAACAAAUUAGUGACCUUGGCAUACAGUGCUGACUUGAAAUGCUAUUUUGUAAGAUCCGGCUGUUUGUAUAUAUUAGUAUUGACAUUAGUUUGUAUAUGUAUGAAAUAGUGACUUUAUUGCAUUUCCUGUGAGUUUGAUACAGGAGAUCUUGUUUGAAUGAUCUUGCUCAAACAUCUUGCCUUAUUUGUUCAAAAUGAUAAAUAAACUGCCCUAAAUGAAAG